GUACUAGAAGUUGCUUCAGUGGCGCUACCUCUUUCACAGUACAAGUUAUGAAUGAAAUUCAUUAACUAACGUCUCCCUCCUCACCCUGAGCUCCAAUAGACUUCCAGUAACGCUUGGAAGAAAGUAGUCAGGGGAGAAGGGUUGAACGUCACCAUGAAGCUAAAGCAGCGAGUUGUGCUGUUGGCCAUCCUCCUGGUCAUCUUCAUCUUCACAAAAGUUUUCCUCAUUGACAACUUGGACACCUCAGCUGCCAACCGCGAAGACCAGCGCGCCUUUCACCGUAUGAUGGCGAGCCUGCGCGUCGAGCUGGACCCACGGCUCGACCACACCAUGCAGUCCCCUUGGGAGAUUGCAGCCCAGUGGGUUGUCCCCCGGGAGGUGUAUCCUGAGGAGACGCCUGAGCUAGGGGCUGUCAUGCAUGCCAUGUUGACAAAGAAAAUAAUAAAAGCUGAUGUAGGGUAUAAAGGUACCCAGCUGAAAGCUUUGCUAAUACUUGAAGGGGGACAGAAAGUCGUCUUCAAACCUAAGAGGUAUGCCAGGGACUAUGUUGUGGAAGGAGAACCAUAUGCUGGCUAUGACAGGCACAAUGCAGAAGUAGCAGCCUUUCAUUUGGAUAGAAUCCUGGGCUUUCGACGAGCACCAUUGGUAGUUGGCAGGUUUGUGAAUCUACGAACGGAGAUCAAACCAGUUGCUACAGAGCAGCUUCUGGGCACCUUCAUGACUGUGGGUAAUAGUACUUGCUUCUAUGGGAAGUGCUACUACUGUCGGGAAACAGAACCAGCUUGUGCAGAUGGGGACGUCAUGGAAGGGUCAGUGACUCUGUGGCUGCCGGACGUCUGGCCUCUCCAGAAGCAUCGGCACCCGUGGGGCAGGACUUACCGUGAAGGGAAACUCGCCAGGUGGGAGUACGAUGAAAGCUACUGUGAUGCUGUGAAGAAGACUUCCCCCUAUGAUUCGGGCCCCCGUCUCCUCGAUAUCAUUGACACUGCCAUCUUUGAUUAUUUGAUUGGGAAUGCUGACCGGCAUCACUAUGAGAGUUUCCAGGAUGAUGAAGGAGCAAGUAUGCUCAUACUCCUAGAUAAUGCCAAGAGUUUUGGAAACCCUGCCCUGGAUGAAAGAAGCAUCCUAGCUCCUCUUUAUCAGUGCUGCAUCAUCCGGGUUUCUACCUGGAACAGACUCAAUUACCUGAAGAACGGAGUGCUAAAGUCUGCCUUAAAAACUGCCCUGUCGCACGACCCCAUCUCCCCGGUGCUCUCCGACUCGCACCUGGAUGCCCUCGAUCAGCGGCUCCUCAGCAUCCUUGCUACGGUGAAGCAGUGUACGGACCAGUUCGGGUCAGAUGUUGUGCUGGUGGAAGACAGGAUGACGCUGUCCCAUUUGUAACGGUAGUGGGCACAGAUGAAACUCCUUUUUUUUUUUUUUAAAAGCAACCACAAAAACAAAUGAUAGAAAAACAGCACAAUCGGUUCUGAAAGGCCGUGGCCAGGAUGGACUGAAAUGAACCGGAAAGCUUCCAAGCCAGAGCAGCAGAGGCGGUUCUGGCCUUUACCCCGACCUCGCGGCAUAAGAGGAGGUGGGAAGCUGGGGCCUGGGACGGCUCAGGACCCCGAUGGCAUCGUGGCCGUCGCCGGUGUGUCCAUUGCCGGCAGUGGACGUUGCACUGGAUAAAAAUGGCUCUUGGUGGAAGUGUGUGGAAUACAGACACUAAUUUGUGGACUGGUUCUAGAGGGGACAAAUGGAGAUGAACAGUACAAUCCUGUCCCCUCCUCUUUCCCACGUACACUCUUAGGAGUUUCGUCUGAUUCAGGGUUGUGUAUAAUCAGCUGUGAGCUGGUUAGGUGUUUUACUGCUUCUCUAAAGAAGGAUGAAGUGGUGAAUAAAAUAAUUAUUAGACUGAACAAUUGCACCCCCUCCAGGGGUGGGAUGUUCUUGUGGAUGCUGUUAGAUGUGGAGGAGGAAGCCUCUGCUAAUCAGUUGUCCUCCUUAAAAGGCUGGGACAGCAGGGGUUGCCUUCGACGUGAUAACGCUUCAGUAUUGUCACUGAAGUCUUAUCAAAGAUUCUUCCACCAGGUUGGAGAUUGAGGGGAGGGCAGGGUGGUUACAAAGCACUUAAUUGUUAAGGGGUUAAUAUAACUUCCCAGAAGAAAUUUCCAUGCGUCCUAUUGCUGUUUUCCAUUGAUAAGGAAAUCUAGCAAGGUCUGACUAGAGAAAAAUCCCCUUUUUGCAGGCGUGUGUUCAAAAUAACCACAUUUUUCUCACGUUGUAGCUGAGAAGCGGGACAGAACCUGUCCUCAGAAGCAGGUUUUCGGUGGCCAGGUUACAGUACUUGACCGGGGGGACGAGGUGGGUCCCGUGCCUGGUGUGGGCAAGAGAAGCUGUAUUGCUUAAAUGCUGCGGGCAGCCGCCCGGCUGAGCCCGUCUCUCCCACCUCGUCCGGACGGAGCUGCCUGUGCUCUGUACCCGUCCCCAUGCUGCUCUUUCAGGGGAUGCCAGCAGGUUUCCAGGCCGCUCUGCGCCUCCCAUAGGUGUCCAGCCUCCCCUGGCUGCUCCCGGCAGCCUCCGCUGCCGUGUUGACUGGGAUGACUGUGCGUCGGAAGCUGUCGCUUCUCGUGGCUGUGUCGUAAGGGGCAGAGGGUCUGCGCGGGUUUGCUUGGCGGACGGGCACUCCUUUGGUGUCCCUCUGUCCUUCAGGCCAGGCUUCGGUCUGCGUUGUAGAUGAACUUCUCACGUUUGCAGUAGAUGAAAAUGUUUGUCUCCAGUAGGGGAGAAGCUUUGUCAUUUUGUUCCCAAAUGUAACCACGUGGGUUUGAUUUUCUGUUCAGCCA